AUGCACAGUCGUCCCCGCGCGGAUGGGACCCAGGUGACCCCGGGUGCCCACUGCCCCAGUCCCCCUGGCACAGGCUGCCCCAGGCCCCACGCAGACACGCCAGGCCCUCAGCCCCAGCCUAUGGACCUGCGGGUGGGCCAGCGGCCCCCGGUGGAGCCCCCACUGGAGCCCGCGCUGCUGGCCCUGCAGCACCCCCAGCACCUGCACCACCACCUCUUCCUGGCGGGCCUGCAGCAGCACCGCUCCGUGGAGCCCAUGAGGCCCUGCCCACAGCUCUCCAUGGACACGCCGAUGCCCGAGUUGCCGAUGGGGCAGCAGGAGCAAGAGCUGCGGCAGCUUCUCCAUAAGGACAAGAGCAAGCGGAGCGCUGUGGCCAGCAGCGUAGUCAAGCAGAAGUUGGCAGAGGUGAUUCUGAAGAAACAGCAGGCAGCCUUAGAGAGGACAGUCCAUCCCAGCAGCCCCAGCAUUCCCUACAGGACUCUGGAGCCCUUGGAGACGGAAGGAGCUGCCCGCUCCAUGCUCAGCAGCUUCCUGCCUCCUGUGCCCAGCCUGCCCAGCGACCCGCCAGAGCACCACCCCCUGCGUAAGACAGUCUCUGAGCCCAACCUGAAGCUGCGCUACAAGCCCAAGAAGUCGCUGGAGCGGAGGAAGAACCCGCUGCUCAGAAAGGAGAGCGCCCCUCCCAGCCUCCGGCGGCGGCCUGCCGAGACCCUCGGAGACUCCUCCCCCAGUAGCAGCAGCACACCUGCGUCAGGGUGCAGCUCUCCCAAUGACAGCGAGCACGGCCCCAACCCCAUCCUGGGCUCGGAGACGCUCUUGGGCCAGCGGCUGCGGAGGCAGGAGACCUCUCUGGCCCCGUUCGCCUUGCCGACAGUGUCCUUGUUGCCCGCAAUCACGCUGGGCCUGCCAGCCCCUGCCAGGGCUGACGGUGACCGCAGGACCCAUCCAACUCUGGGCCCUCGGGGGCCAGUCCUAGGCAGCCCCCAUGCUCCCCUCUUCCUGCCCCACGGCCUGGACUCCGAGGCUGGGGGCACCCUGCCCUCUCGUCUGCAGCCCAUUCUCCUCCUGGAUCCCUCAGUCUCUCACACCCCCCUGCUGACGGUGCCCGGGUUUGGGCCCCUGCCCUUCCACUUUGCCCAGUCCUUACUGACCACCGAGCGGCUCUCUGGGUCAGGCCUCCAUUGGCCGCUGAGCAGGACCCGCUCAGAGCCUUUGCCCCCAAGCGCCACCGCCCCCCCAUCACUGGGCCCCCUGCAGCCCCGCCUGGAGCGGCUCAACCCUCACGUCCAGCUGAUCAAGAGGUCAGCCAAGCAGAGCGAGAAGCCCCGCCUACGGCAGAUACCCUCGGCUGAGGACCUGGAGGCGGAUGGCGGGGGAGUGGGGCCCCCGGGGGAUGACAGCCUGGCCUGCAGGGGCUCGAGCUCGGGGCAGCAUGAAGCCAGAGGCCCUGUUCUCCAGCAGCACCAGCAGGUGUUUCUGUGGGAGCAUCAGCGCCUGGCCGGACGGCUGCCACGGGUCGGCACCGGGGACUCCGUGCUGCUCUCCCCGGCCCAGGGCGGCCACCGGCUCCUGUCCAGGACACAGUCCUCCCCGGCUGCACCUGCCUCACUGCCAACGCCGGAGCCCCCCAGCCAGGCCCGCGUCCUGCCCAGCUCAGAGGCCCCCGCCAGGACCCUGCCCUUCACCACAGGGCUGGUGUAUGACUCGGUCAUGCUGAAGCACCAGUGCUCCUGCGGCGACAACAGCAGGCACCCGGAGCACGCCGGCCGCAUCCAGAGCAUCUGGUCCCGGCUGCAGGAGCGGGGCCUCCGAGGCCAGUGCGAGUGUCUCCGAGGCCGGAAGGCCUCCCUGGAGGAGCUGCAGUCGGUGCACUCCGAGCGGCACGUGCACCUGUACGGCACCAACCCGCUCAGCCGCCUCAAACUGGACAACGGGAAGCUGGCAGGGCUCCUGGCACAGCGGAUAUUUGUGAUGCUGCCCUGUGGCGGGGUUGGGGUGGACCCUGACACCAUCUGGAACGAGCUGCACUCCUCCAACGCAGCCCGCUGGGCGGCCGGCAGCGUCACCGAUCUGGCCUUCAGAGUGGCUUCCCGCGAGCUGAAGAAUGGUUUUGCCGUGGUCCGGCCCCCAGGACACCAUGCGGACCGCUCCACAGCCAUGGGCUUCUGCUUCUUCAACUCCGUGGCCAUCGCGUGCCGGCAGCUGCAACAACAGGGCAAGGCUGGCCGGAUCCUCAUUGUGGACUGGGACGUCCAUCACGGCAAUGGCACCCAGCACACCUUCUACGAGGACCCCCGUGUGCUCUACAUCUCCCUACAUCGCCAUGACGACGGCAACUUCUUCCCGGGCAGCGGGGCUGUGGAGGAGGUGGGAGCCGGCAGUGGCGAGGGCUUCAACGUUAACGUGGCCUGGGCCGGAGGCCUGGACCCCCCGAUGGGGGAUCCUGAGUACCUGGCUGCCUUCAGGAUAGUCGUGAUGCCCAUCGCCCGCGAGUUCUCUCCGGACCUGGUCUUGGUGUCGGCUGGGUUUGAUGCUGCCGAGGGUCACCCGGCCCCCCUGGGUGGCUACCAUGUUUCCGCAAAAUGUUUUGGGUACAUGACGCAGCAGCUGAUGAGCUUGGCCGGAGGUGCAGUGGUGCUGGCCUUGGAGGGCGGCCACGACCUCACAGCCAUCUGUGACGCCUCCGAGGCCUGUGUGGCUGCUCUCCUGGGCAAUAAGGUCGAUCCCCUCGCAGAAAAAGGCUGGAAACAGAAACCCAACCUCAACGCCAUCCGAUCUCUGGAAGCUGUGAUCCGGGUGCACAGUAAAUACUGGGGCUGCAUGCAGCGCCUGGCCUCCUGUCCGGAGUCCUGGGUGCCCAGGGUGCCAGGAGCCGACGCAGAGGAAGUGGAGGCAGUGACUGCCCUGGCAUCCCUCUCCGUUGGCAUCCUGGCUGAAGAGAGGCCCUCGGAGCAGCUGGUGGAGGAGGAGGAACCUAUGAAUCUCUGA